AUGUCUGAAACUCUUCCUAGAUCAGAUGAUUUGGAGGCCACUUGGAACUUUAUAGAACCAGGAAUCAAUCAAAUCUUAGGAAAUGAAAAAAACCAAUCAUCGACCUCUAAGAGAGUGUACAAGAUUCUUUCUCCAGCCAUGUAUAUGGAAGUUUAUACCGCGAUCUAUAACUAUUGUGUGAACAAAUCACGUUCGUCCGGUCAUUUUAGUACUGACAGUAGAACGGGUCAGUCAACAAUUUUAGUUGGUAGUGAAAUUUACGAAAAAUUGAAGAAUUAUUUAAAGAACUACAUUUCGAAUUUCAAGAAAACUGAUUCGGAGACUUUUUUACAGUUUUACGUAAAGCGUUGGAAAAGAUUUACGAUUGGUGCCAUAUUUUUAAACCACGCCUUCGACUAUAUGAAUAGAUAUUGGGUUCAAAAGGAAAGAAGUGAUGGUAAAAGACAUAUUUUCGAUGUAAACACUUUAUGCUUAAUGACAUGGAAAGAAGUUAUGUUUGAUCCAAAUAAUGGUAUUCUGGUUAACGAAUUACUGGAACAGAUUACUUCGGAAAGAGAAGGACAUAUUAUUCAAAGAAGCAAUAUUAGCACUGCAAUAAAAUCCUUAGUUGCACUCGGCAUUGACCCACAAGAUCUGAAAAAGUUAAAUCUAAACGUUUAUAUUCAAGUUUUUGAGAAACCGUUUUUAAACAAAACGCAAGAGUAUUACACGCAAUAUACAAACGAUUAUUUAGAAAGACAUUCGGUAACUGAGUAUAUUUUCGAAGCACAUGAAAUCAUUAAACGUGAGGAAAAGGCGAUGACAAUAUACUGGGAUGAUCAUACUAAAAAGCCACUUUCUAUAGCGCUGAACAAGGUCUUGAUCACAGGCCAUAUUGAAAAAUUGGAAAAUGAGUUCGUUGUCCUUCUCGACGCAAGGGAUGUCGAAAAAAUCACUUCCCUCUAUGAACUUAUACGCAGAGACUUUACAUUAAUUCCAAAAAUGGCUACAGUUUUUGAAAACUAUGUUAAAAAUACUGGGGAGAAUGAAAUUUCGAGUCUAUUAGCCAUGCAUAAACAGAACGUCAUGAAAAACGAAAACGCAUAUCCAAAAAAAUUGGCUCUUAUGAACGCGCAUCCACUUUCUCCUAAGGACUACAUCAAGAAGCUACUGGAAGUGCACGACAUAUUCUCCAACAUUUUUAAUGAAAGUUUUCCUGAUGAUAUACCUCUAGCUAAGGCAUUAGAUAAUGCGUGCGGCGCUUUCAUCAACAUCAACGAGUUCGCGUUACCUGCAGGAUCUCCAAAAAGCGCUACUUCAAAGACGUCUGAGAUGCUCGCUAAAUACAGUGACAUGCUAUUAAAGAAGGCCACCAAACCCGAAGUGGCAAGCGACAUGUCAGAUGAAGAUAUUAUAACGAUAUUCAAGUAUUUGACCGACAAAGACGCUUUUGAAACUCAUUAUAGAAGACUUUUUGCCAAGCGGCUAAUCCAUGGCACUUCUACAUCAGCUGAAGACGAAGAAAACAUUAUUCAAAGACUACAGGCAGCGAAUAGUAUGGAAUACACUGGUAAGAUAACCAAAAUGUUUCAAGAUAUUAGACUUUCGAAGAUUUUGGAGGAAGAUUUUGCAGUUAAUUUGAGGAAUGAGCCUGAUUAUUCUAAAUCUAAAUAUCCAGAUUUACAGCCAUUUGUACUGGCAGAAAAUAUGUGGCCAUUCUCAUACCAAGAAGUAGAAUUUAAGCUGCCCAAGGAGUUAGCGUCAUCCCAUGAAAAAUUAAAGGAGUCAUACAGCCAAAAGCACAAUGGUAGAGUUUUGAAGUGGUUAUGGCCAUUAUGUCGUGGUGAGUUAAAGGCUGACAUCGGAAAACCAGGUAGGGCACCAUUUAACUUCACCGUAACAUUGUUCCAAAUGGCGAUAUUACUCUUAUAUAACGAUGCUGAUGUCUUGACAUUAGAAAGUAUCCAAGAGAGCACAAAUUUGAAUAUCCAGCAUAUCGCGGCGGCAAUGAUACCAUUCAUUAAAUUCAAGUUGAUUCAACAGGUUCCGCCAGGGCUAGAUGCGCUCGUAAAAUCAGAAACUCAAUUCAAGAUAUCACGCCCGUAUAAAGCACUAAAAACGAAUAUAAACUUUGCCAGUGGUGUUAAGAACGAUAUCUUGCAAUCACUAUCAGGUGGGGGGCACGAUAAUCACGGUAGUAAGUUAGGAAACAAACGCUUGACAGAGGAUGAAAGAAUCGAAAAGGAAUUAAAUACGGAACGACAAAUCUUCUUGGAAGCAUGUAUUGUGAGGAUAAUGAAAGCCAAGAGAAAUUUACCGCACACAACUCUCGUCAACGAAUGCAUUGCUCAAUCGCACCAGAGAUUCAACGCAAAGGUCUCCAUGAUCAAGAGAGCCAUCGACAGCUUAAUCCAAAAGGGAUAUUUGCAAAGAGGAGACGAUGGGGAAUCCUACGCGUACCUCGCCUAA